UUGAUAAGUCGGCUAGUAGGUUGAUUUUUGAUUCUUAAAUUCUAUUUCCAUUUGUUUCACGAUUUUAAAUAUAUUUGCUGCCAUUUUCUUGCUCUAAGAUCUUCAGUCCUUUCCUAUUCACGGACCAUUGCACUGUAAAAUAACUGUGCCACAAUGCCGCCUCCUGAUACCAUGUACUGUGCUCAACAAAUUAACAUUCCUCCAGAAUUGCCUGAUAUUUUAAAACAGUUUACUAAAGCAGCUAUAAGAACACAGCCAGAUGAUGUGCUUAAAUGGUCUGCUGCUUACUUUUCAGCAUUAUCAAAAGGUGAAAUUCUUCCAGUCAAAGAGAGGUUAGAAGUAGGCCAACCAUCUUCAGCAACAACACAAACCUCCGGACUCUCCCCAGCUCUUCUCAAAGUCCUUCACAAACAACUUUCCCCCCAAAAGUCUGUGAGCAAAUCAGAGUUACAGGAGAAGUGGAGAGGGCUCUGCCUGUCCUCAGACCAUCUAGAUUCACUCCUUUCUCUGGGCAAUUUUGGUGAUAUGGUUGACUGGAUGGAGUUCUUUGCUCUUGGAUGCAGUACACUGGGUGGGACCAUCAUAAGUGCUCUGAAGUGUGCGUGUGAGAUCCUCACUGACGACCCAGAGGGCAGUGCAGCUCAUAUUCCCUAUGAGACGUUUGUGAGUCUGUACACAUAUUUGGCCCGCCUGGAUGGAGAUCUCUCAGAGGACCAGAUCAACAGCUUCAUACAGAAUCUACAGGAAGUUGCGGGACACAGAGGAGGCAUGGUUCUGCCCUCGGACUUUACAAGUCUCUGUGGUGAAAGCGCUGAGUAGAGCCUGGUCCUGAUUGGUUGCAGAUGGUCACUGGGUGUAAUGUUUGGCGGCCUGAGGCCACGGCAGAGCUCAGGGGUGGAACUGAAUGUGUACAAGAUGCAUUAUGUUUCAUGUUGUGGGCAUUGUGAUAAAUGCCCCUUUUUUCCACUUUGUGAA